ACACACACACACACUCGAAUUUCCAGAACUAGAGGCAGUGGUAUGAGAGGUGGGCAGGAAAGACAUAUCUAAGAGAAGAGUGGAGAACCUAGCGCGGGGGCGAGCCUGGAGAGCAGUCACCCAGGAGCGCGCGUGGAACUCUGGAGAGGGGGCGGUGCGCCAAGUGUCACCUGGUGGGACAAAAGCCGCCCAGACAGAGCCUGGGACGGCUGGAGUCAAGGCAAGGCUGGUGAAAAGUGGAGGGUUUGGAGACAGGGCAGGGGGCGGGAACCAAGAGGGGCGGGCGAUGUAGUGGGCGGGAGCCUGAGCCACCAGCGCUUCAGGGCCAGGUGCAACGGGGGUUGUAGCCCACUUGGCGGAGCUGAGUGGGACUUCACGGGGACCAUGGAGCUGCUCAAGCUGAACCGCAGUAUGCAGGGACCCGGAACCGGGCCGGGUUCCUCCCUGUGCCGCCCGGGUGUACCCCUCCUCAACAGUAGCAGCACCGGGAACCUCAGCUGCGAGCCCCCUCGCAUCCGCGGAACCGGGACCAGAGAACUGGAACUGGCCAUUAGAGUCACCCUUUACGCUGUGAUCUUUCUCAUGAGUGUUGGAGGAAACGUGCUCAUCAUUGUGGUCCUGGGACUGAGCCGGCGCCUGAGAACUGUCACCAAUGCCUUCCUGCUCUCCCUGGCAGUCAGUGAUCUCCUGCUGGCUGUGGCUUGCAUGCCCUUCACACUCCUGCCCAACCUCAUGGGCACAUUCAUCUUCGGCAGCGUCAUCUGCAAGGCCGUUUCCUACCUCAUGGGGGUGUCAGUGAGUGUGUCCACGCUAAAUCUCGUGGCCAUCGCCCUGGAGCGGUACAGCGCCAUCUGCAGACCACUGCAAGCACGGGUGUGGCAGACCCGCUCCCACGCAGUGCGGGUGAUCUUAGCCACGUGGCUACUGUCUGGACUGCUCAUGGUCCCUUAUCCUGUAUACACGGCAGUGCAGCCAGUGGGGCCUCGAGUGCUGCAGUGCGUGCAUCGCUGGCCCAGUGCGCGUGUCCGCCAGACCUGGUCAGUACUUCUGCUAAUGCUUUUGUUCUUCGUCCCUGGCGUGGUUAUGGCUGUGGCCUACGGGCUCAUCUCUCGCGAGCUUUACCUUGGCCUUCGCUUUGAUGGUGACGAUGGUGAGAUCCAAAGUAGGGUCCGAAACCAAGGAGCCCUGCCGGGUGGAGCAGCAUCAGGGCCUGUCCAUCAGAACGGGGCUUACCGGCCUGAAACUAGCCUGGCUGGGGAAGACAGUGACGGCUGCUAUGUGCAACUUCCGCGUUCCAGACUGGAGAUGACUGCGCUGACCACUCCCACUCCUGGGUCAGGCCCUGGCCCUCGGCCCAACCAGGCCAAGCUGCUGGCUAAGAAACGGGUAGUGCGAAUGCUGCUAGUGAUUGUUGUGCUUUUCUUCCUGUGUUGGCUGCCAGUGUACAGCGCCAACACAUGGCGCGCCUUCGAUGGCCCAGGGGCACAUCGAGCCCUCUCAGGGGCCCCAAUCUCUUUCAUCCACUUGCUGAGCUACGCCUCUGCCUGUGUCAAUCCCCUGGUCUACUGUUUCAUGCACCGCCGCUUUCGCCAGGCCUGCCUGGAUACAUGUGUCCGCUGUUGCCCACGGCCUCCACGAGCUCGCCCCCGGCCUCUUCCGGAUGAGGAUCCUCCUACCCCCUCCAUCGCUUCACUGUCCAGGCUAAGCUAUACCACCAUCAGCACACUGGGACCUGGAUGAGGGGUUGAAGGAAUGGAGGGUAAGACAGGACACACGAUCCCUAUAAACAGACCCAUCCAAACACAUAAGAAACACACCAUGACUCAUCCAGGUGGACGCCCAACAGCACGGAUAGCCGCCUACACUCAGAAAGUGUUAUCUUUGCUGCCCCACCUGAAACAGACUGGAGUCUCAACAAGCAAGGAGGCACACUUCUGAUAGGGGACUGAGUCCCACCCUAGACACCUGGCACUGACCCCACUGGAUAGACAAUCACAGUGUCUGUAGUAGUGAACUUUCGCUACACAAGGGGAGCUCUGACAACAGCUGACUGGCUCCUGUGCAUAAAUUAAUGGCACUGUUGAUUAGUGCCCAUACCUAAUGCCAGACUAACCUAGGAUGUUGCAGACUGUCCCCAGUUUGACCUCAUCAUUCCCUUCAUCACCCAGCACUGAAAAUAACAAUAGGCCUAAUCACAUACCUUCCCAACAUGCAGACCUUUCCGCAAUGAAAAGUCCCCUUAUCCCUUUCUAUUAGGGACCGUGGCCCUGACCCUCUUCCUUCACCAGACCACUUCUUAAAAUAAUAAAUGACUUAGUGUCCUCUUGGGUGUUCUGAACUUUGGGAGGCAAGUGAGCAGUUGUGGAUUGUGUAAAGGCUUCUUCAUCUGUUUUCUUCCACAACUACUCAACCCUGUGUCCAACACUGUGCAAAAAUGUCUUGUGUAUACUCCCACUCUGUUUUCAUCUUGGAUCUACCCAUAGUCCAGUGAUGAUUCUGGGAUCCAGCAUGGCAGGUGGGAUAUUCACGACACUUGAUGUUUCCUGAGUACAUUCUCCCAUUUGAUGCCACUGUCGAAGUACUAUAUUAAUGAAUGCUUGUUAAACUUUUGAUGAAAAGAUAGAAGGUGAAAGACUACAUAAGACUUAGAUUAUUCAAUGUGUGUUUGAAAUACCAAGAACCAGACUAUGGCAGGUACAUGAAAGUUAAUUGAAGAGUAGGGUCUUUUUAUUAAAUACUUGGUCUGCUUUAGUUUCAGAAACUGGCCAGGAUCUGAUUGACUAGAAGUGUGUUCAGUAGAUGUAGCAACAAAGAGACCUGGAGGUGAGAGGGUGGAGUGUAGAACUGGCGGUCGGUGUGAGCCUCCCCUCAACUUUUCUUUUCACCAUAAAACUCAUCUAGCCCCAGAGAAAGACAGAGAACAGCAACCUUAUCACUUCAUACACACACACACACACACACACACA